AUGAUGACAAAAACCUAUGGGUCGAAAAACCCGUCUUCCAAUGUGCCCCUUCAUUUGGCUGGACCACCUCCCUUUGCCUUCUCAGACGGACGCGCGCCGACCCGGGGGAACAUGCGAAGUUUUCCAACGCCUUCAUCAGCCGGGCUUUCGAGCUCGGUGCACCUCCCUCCCCGAUCCCAGGGCAGCGACAGGCGGUCGUUUGUUUUGAGCGAGAUCAGUGGUGCGAGUGACCAACUUCUAAGGACUCUGCACCGUGAACUGUGCAAUCUCUCAGCGCACACUGAAUCGGGUGUCUCGAGAUCGUGUAGAGGUGAGAGCACUAACCGUGACAGUGCAAGUCCAUCCCGUGCCAACAUAACAGGACAUGGCUUCGACGAGCAGGCACCUAUAUCCCAGUUAUCAAGCGAAGAGGUACGAACUGCCCUCUCUCUGAUAAUUCACAAACAGAACCUAGACCUAAAGUCGAGACACCAGCGCCUGAGGCAACUUGCUGAAGAGAAUAAAAAAGGAGAUACAAUGGGAACGUCAUCUGACGGCGGUGUUCUCAACGAACCAUGUUGCUUGGUGUUGCACAGAAUACUUGCUGAGGCACGCCGCCGGUGGAUGCGUAUUCUUUCCUCGCGUGUGCAGGGGCUGAAGAAAGAAUUGCCGGUGAGGGAACAUCCACAGUCUAAUGAUGCCCAUACUACGAGCGGUGUGAGCAAUGCUAAUGCCCUGGAUGACAGCAUUAGCGGUGUUGACAGUGACGAAGAAAUGGAGUGGUCAGUAGAACAUCUGUACGAGACACUGGUGUCUGGUCUCAAUAGCACUGUGACGGAGGAGUUGAUCGUGACAGAAAUACUGGGGGGAGACACGACGGCGUUACACGAUGGUAUCGACGCCUUUGGGUUGUUAACUGUGUUUCGCGCACCUGUUCAGGCAAUGCUGGUCCAGCAUCAGGAAGCUCUGGCACCGAGUCUCUCUACGCUCCGCCAAUAUUUCGCAGCGCUUCAUCCGUCAGCGGGUUGCCCGCGGGCUCACGGGUCAGCGAGUCGUGCGGCUGCUUGCAGUGCUUACAGCCAAUUGAAUGACUUCUUGAAUCCUGGUGGUAGCACCCCUAAAUCGGUGGCGGCCGCACUGCGAAGAGGUGCGAGUCCGUCGAUGCGGCGUCUGCUCUACGCACGAGCACUUCAGCUGCAAUUGGUCGUGUUGGAGGGUGGCUCAACAAACAAUGCGCCCGGGGAAUUGCAUGGUAGCAACUGUGGAGAUGUCAUUGGAAGGUGCGUCUCUUUCGGAACGUCUCGAAAUCUUGAGAGCAUGAGGCGGCGCGUACACCACAAAUACGCUGUGAAGGGAAUGGAAGUUACCGUUAAGGUACUACAAGCUGUUGUGAAAGUAGACAACAUGCAAAGCGUGGGUGACAGCGACAGGUACUUCAUCUUCUUGGACGAAACGGAGGCGCUUGGAACCACAUUAAUUGUGGACAAGGAUGUGUCCGAUGUGCAUCUGAAGUCUACUCUGGCACAAUUGGGGCGACCACCGGAGCAAAUUGAAUCAUAUUUGGUUUACCUUCUUCACGCGGACGUGCCGUCGGCUGACGCGGGACAACAGCGCACCCAACAGCAGCAUCAGCAAACAAAAACACAGCACCUUCUCCCCUCGGGAUUUUUUCCCGUUGAGAAGUGCACGUUGCUCAUUGCACCUAUUUGCUACAUUACAGGCGACACGACGGAGCAAUAUAGUCUCGUCGUAGCGCUUUUUGGGCAACUGUGGUGUCGCCUGCAAGGCCCCACUCCGGAGCUGGCGCAAUGCUGUUGGAUAUUCGAGUCUUUGGUUGUACGCUUUGCCGCGCCUGCGUGUCUGCAUGCAACGCGUGCUCUUCGGUACCCGCCACUGCGGCUGGCACUUCGGUGGAUGAUGACAGCCUUUGCGGAUGUGCUUGAACCGAAUGAGCUGCUAAACCUGUGGGAUCUUGUCCUCUCUUAUCACAUCGAAGAGGUAUUCAGUGGUCACACAUCUUUAAGUUUGCCGAUGUGUGCGUGUGGUCGUUCGAGGGGUUCUCAAAGGUUGCUUCCAGCGCCGUGUGCUCUGUGGCUUUUGCCCAUAGUCGCUGCAAGCAUAUUUGUAUACCGGGCCCCCCUGGUGGAACGUUGUGGAACUGCCGAAGAGAUGUUGCUGCUUUUUACUACCGGUCAUCAUUUACGGUGCCGGCCGCUGUUGCAAUACCUUCUGUUUAUGGCGAAGUGA